AUGGUUGAGGCGAUCGAUUUAUCAUGUAUUGCUGUCAAUCAAGGUGUAAAGGUUGGACCGAAAGAUUUUGAACUGCUCAAAGUAUUAGGAAAGGGCGGUUAUGGAAAGGUAUUUCAAGUAAAGAAAACGACGGGUUCUGAUAAAGGAAAAAUAUUUGCUAUGAAAGUUUUACAAAAAGCUACAAUUGUCAGGAAUCAAAAAGAUACAGCGCAUACAAAG